AGUACAUUAAUCCACCGUUAGGUUCUAAUUCUAAACAUAUAAUUAAUAUAUCAUUAAUUGACAACUGUAAAAAAUAAAUAUAAAGUUCGUAGUAAUAAUAUUUUUAAAGAAGUAAUGCCUAAGUCGUAUUUACAUAAUUAAAAUGAAAAAUUGAACUCUUAUAAAUAAUUUAGCUAUGUUGUAUAGCGUUCUUAAAAUAAAAGAAUUGAAAAAUAGAAAAAGUAUGUCUAAUCUUGAAUUUUCCACUGCAUCAAAAAAAAUAACUUCUCUUACUCCUUGUCGAAGAAUGGGUCUCAAACGAAAAUCAUUGGGUUCACCAUUGCAUUCUAGUUUAAAAAAAAAAAUCAAGCCAUCUAAUGAGUUUUUGGAAAAAACAGCAUCAACUAAGAACAAAUAUGAUAUAUGUAUGAUAGAUGGAAAAUUGCAAAUACAAAGUAGAAUAACUUAUAAACAGAAAAAAAUUGAAGAGCUAAAUUAUGAGAUAAAAAAUAGUAAACAGCAUAAUUUAUUGCAAAUACAAGAUUUGUCAAAAAAAUGGUUAUGUGUUUGUCAAGAUGCUUUGAAGUCCCUCCAUCAAAAAUUGAUGAAUAAUGCUCAAACUAUGGAAGAUUUAAUAAUAAGUCUUGGAAUUGAUCCUAACCUUAUACAAUUUGAUCCUCUAAGUCAAGAAUUUAUCUGAUUAAAUUUAAAUUAUUAUUUAUAUGUUUAUUAUCAUUUAUUUAUAAACAGUUAUAUUUUGUAUUUAACUACUUCCUAAUUAUUAUUUACUAAUUAUCCAAUUUUAUGAUUUAUAAUAAAAAACUAUUAAAUACAUUUUGUACAAAUAUGUAA